AUAUUAUUUAAAUUAAAGUGUACACAAAAAAGUGAAUUAAUUAAUUACAAAAAAAUGACAUAAAAUAUAAAACACAAAAAAUAAAAAUGGCCGAAUUUUUCCGCGUGAACGAGACGAGUACGCAAUUCUUCCAGCGAUGCACGAACCUAUCGCACUUCGAUUGUUCGGAGGAAGAGAUGCUUUGGCUGAUGAUGGGGCCCAGAACCUUACCUCUUCAGAAGAUAGUGCCCAUAUCUGUGUUACUGUUGGUGAUAUUCCUGACUGGAGUAGUGGGGAAUGUGGCAGUCUGCGUGGUAAUUGUGAAGCACCCUGCCAUGCAUACUGCGACCAAUUAUUACUUGUUCAGUUUGGCGUUAAGUGAUCUGCUGUUGCUGCUUUUUGGUCUGCCAAACGACCUGUCAGUAUCGUGGCACCAGUACCCGUACAGUCUCGGCAUCGUGUUCUGCAAGCUACGAGCGCUCAUCUCCGAAGCAGCAUCCUACGUGUCCGUGCUGACCAUAGUCGCGUUCUCCCUGGAGCGCUACUUAGCCAUCUGCCACCCUCUCCACUUGUAUGCCAUGGCUGGUCUCCGGCGAGCACUGAGGAUCGUGGCUGCACUGUGGCUGGUCUCCUUACUGGCAGCGUCUCCCUUCGCGCUCUAUACUACCGUCAGCUAUCAUGAUUAUCCACCAGGUUCUGGCAACGCGUCCCUGGAGUCAGCCUUCUGCGCGAUGCUGGAGAUGCCGUCCUGGUACCUGUGCGAGCUGAGCAGCCUGCUGUUCUUCAUCCUGCCAGGAGUCAUCAUCCUGUGCCUCUACGUGCGCAUGGGGCUCAGAAUUAGGUACGUUAUGGGAACAACGCACGCGAGUAAGCCCGGGAGCCCUGGAACUCUCAACGGCGUGAAUGGCAGCGUGCAUGGGGAGGCGCGGCAGGCGCAGUCCAAAAAGACCAUCAUCAGGAUGUUGGCGGCUGUGGUGGUUGCAUUCUUCGUGUGCUGGGCACCAUUCCACUUCCAGCGUCUAUUCUAUAUCUACGGCGCGUCGAGCCGUCACUACCACACCAUCAAUGAGUACCUGUUCUACGUGGCUGGUGCCUUCUACUACAUAUCGGCGACUGUUAAUCCGAUACUGUAUAAUGUUAUGAGUCAUAGGUACCGCAUAGCCUUCACGGAAACCCUCUGCUGCGGCAAAGUCGGCAGAAAGAAGAGCAGGUGUCGAGAACACUCCAGCAUUCGGGAGACCAUGGUGAACCAUACUUCCGACGGCACCCAUCUUGUCAGGGUCCGCUCCGAGAUCCAGAACAAGAGGAACCGCCUCGAUAGGAGAAGCAGAAGGUGCAGCUACUACGGAACAGAGACCACCAGCCUCUGCAGCGAGAAGUGGAGACAGGACACUCCUAAGAAGAUGAACAGCAUACUGAUAAAUGAUAGAAACAGUGUGACGUCGUCUCUUUGUAAUAAUAAUGAUAGUCAUUUGUACAGUGACUUCAAAAUGGAUGGUGAUGUCACUUAAGUUUUUAUGUAAGUAUGUGAGUAAGGUGUCAGUUUGUAAGCCACUGGAUUAACUUUUGUAUGAUGUAAGUACCAGUGAAUAUAUUGUGAUAAAUAUUUAGGUGUAAACGUAAUUUAUUGUAGGUUUAAUAAGUUAAGAUAGGCUUGAUUUUUUAUGGAUAGGUACACGCGAAAAGUUCUAUGUGUAUAUCCUUCAUUAUUACUUGGAAAAUAUGAAUAAAAAAGCUUUAAGUUAACUUUUCUAUGCGAUAUAAAUUGUAAAUACCGAUAAUCAUUAACUUCCCAAAAUUUACAUAAUACAUAACUUUCAAUCUUUUACAUACUUAAACUCAAAUAUUACUAUAUCCCAUUAAACUUAACUUGUGCAUUUAUCUUCAAAAUCACUCAAAAUUAAAUAAGCUUUAAAUCAUAAUAUAAUUUUUCAUUGUGUUCUCAUUUUCAUAUUUAUAUACAUUAGUUUUUCAUCUUAUUCUCGCUUUGUUAUUCGUCGAAAUUUUGUCAAAAUCAAAGAUAAUGUUUUUAUAUCAAAUAGGCCUUUGCUUGCUCUUAUAAAACGUCAUACUAGUUGCACGGUUCCAAAAACUAGGUCUCACGGAGAAAAACCGGCAAGAAUCUUCAUUAUUAUUCUAUUAACGAAACAAAAAUAACAUAUGUAUAGGUACAUUUCCUAUUUCCUACUUCAUAACUAGACAUAAACUAGUUGAUAUUUUCACUUACUGAGUAAAUUGCUUACUCAAGUCUCGAGGGAAACACCCAAAAUAUAAUAUGGAGGUACCCAUUGAGUAGUACAUACGGUUUAUUAUGAUUGCCUAUGGUUAUUUUAUGAAGGAAACUACGUGCUUUCUGAAGGUCAAGAAAUUUUAUUAACAACAGGAAAUAAUUGCCUUUAUUUGUUGACAGAACUAAUUGUGUCGUGAGUAUUUUUCUUUGAAUUAUUUGUUUCUACGAAGGAUGAAUUUGUCUUCAUAAAACGACACUUUAUUUGAAAUUCCAAUUUUGUUUUAUGAUAGUUGAAUUAAUGAGAGUACCUAAAUAUCUUAUUUAUAUGAAACUGAAACACUAAAUAAUUAUUUUAAAUGCUAGAAAGAGAGUCCAUUCAGAAUGAUUAUGAAACGCUAAAAUAAAUCGUUUAUGUUAUACUACUUUUAUCGAACAGCCGAGAAGUGUCAUGUUUUAUACUAUGGAUAAUAUUAAUUUUCAAUGAUAUAUCCUCAAUAACUAGUAAAUUAUUUAAUUUAUAUAGAAUACACUACUAUACACUACAUAAUCAUACAAAGACAUAGUUAGUACAUUGUCAUUCAACUGUCACAGUAGUGACACGCCAUUGAAUGCGUACAUUGUGUGCGCAGAACACGAAACAUAUGACAAUCGUAAUUAAUUCCCAGUAUUAGCUGAGGCGUAUUAGUUUAUCAAUGAAAUGUCACAUCUUGACGUACAAAUUAAUGUUGGACACUGUAAUAAUGGUGGGUUACCAUGAAUAAAUAAAGUUUAUAUUUUACUAGCCAUUUUCCCGCGGUUGCACCCGCGUCCCGUGGGAUUAAACUUACCGUUUUCAAAAAAAAAAAAUUAUAACCCUCAAAUUUUGACUUCUGACCUCGAAUAAUAUGCAAAUAAAGGAUUUGAUUUGAUAACUUUUGACCCACACAUGGGAUCGAUGGGGACUUUUAAUAUUUUAUUUGUAAUGGUAAACAGAAGCUCUCCACAAAAAUUUGGCUUUCCGGGAAUUUUUGUUAUUAUAUGUAUUUCAAAAGUCUAUUUUGACCGGACUAUAAAUAUAAUAACAAAAGCAAUGUUUCAUGUGCAUAUGACGCGAACAAUGCUAGAACUAGUUAUUCUCAUAAUAAAUCACGCAGCCAUAAAUCAGCUUCGAAACAAUGCACAAACUAUUUCAGUAAGUUUACUCGCCGCGGUUACUGGACAAAAUAACUAACUGGUUAACAACUUACUGUUUGGGUGGUUCGUGGCCAGUUUAGACCUGAAGCCCGCUAGACUUAACAUUUCGGCUUACUUUGUAGUAGGUAACAUAUUCGUAU